CUCUCCAGGGACAGCCGGCGGCCCCCCAGAUUCGCACUGCCAGCCGCCGGGGAGCUCGGGGCUCCGGGCGUAGAGGCUGCGCUGUCACAUGGGCGGCGGAGACGGGGCCACAUUUAAGCGGCCGGGGGACGGCGCCCGCCUCCAGGGCGUCCUCGGGCUUGGCUCCCGCCGGGCGCCCCGCUCUCUGCCCGCCGGGGGCCCCGCGCCGCGCCGCACCGCGCCGCCCCCGCCGGGCCAUGCGAGCGCGGGCCCCGCCGCGAUGAGCUCGCACAUCGCCAAAAGCGAGUCCAAGACGUCGCUGCUGAAGGCGGCGGCGGCAAGCGGGGGCAGCCGGGUUCCCCGCCACGGCCCUGCCCGGGAGCCAGUGCUGCCCAGCCGCCGGCUGCCCGGCACUUGCCCGGGCACGCCGCCCCCGUCCGGGGACCCGAGUUCGCGGAGGCCCCUGUGCCGGCCGGCGCCGCGAGAGGAGGGCGCGCGAGGGAGCCGGCGCGGGCUCCCCCAGGCGCACUGCAGGCCCCGGGAGGCGCUGCCGGCCGCGGCGUCCCGACCUUCGCCGCCGUCGCCGCUGCCGCCGGCCCGCGGGCGGGAUGGGGAGGAACGGGGGCUGUCCCCGGCGCUCGGCCUCCGGGGCUCGCCGCGAGCCCCGGGUCGCGGGGACUCCGCUCCAGCCGCCGCGUCCGAGGCAGACCCGUUCCUCCACCAGCUGCGCCCCAUACUCAGCUCCGCCUUCGGCCAGAUGCGCCAGGAGGAGAAGACCAGCUACACAGUGGUGCAGACGAGCGAGGAGGGGCUGGCGGCCAGUGGCGAGCUCCCUGGACCGCUCCUGAUGCUGGCCCAGAACUGCGCCGUCAUGCACAACCUGCUGGGCCCUGCCUGCAUUUUCCUCCGCAAGGGCUUCGCUGAGAACAGGCAGCCUGACAGAUCACUGCGGCCAGAGGAGAUUGAAGAGCUCCGAGAGGCGUUCCGAGAGUUUGACAAGGACAAGGACGGCUACAUCAACUGCCGGGACCUGGGCAACUGCAUGCGCACCAUGGGCUACAUGCCCACCGAGAUGGAGCUCAUUGAGCUCUCCCAGCAGAUCAACAUGAACCUGGGUGGCCAUGUGGAUUUUGAUGACUUUGUGGAGCUAAUGGGACCUAAACUCCUGGCGGAGACGGCAGAUAUGAUUGGAGUAAAGGAACUGCGAGAUGCUUUCCGAGAGUUUGACACCAAUGGUGAUGGGGAGAUAAGCACCAGUGAGUUGCGAGAGGCCAUGAGGAAACUCCUGGGUCAUCAGGUGGGACACCGAGACAUAGAGGAAAUUAUCCGAGAUGUGGACCUCAAUGGAGAUGGACGAGUGGACUUUGAAGAGUUUGUCCGGAUGAUGUCUCGCUGAGGCCGCAAGGGCCCCUCGCUGAGCCCCGCGAGGACUGCCAAGCUCCCACAGGUGGGGAGAAGAGGAGCCGGAGCACGCCGCACCCCACCGUAGCCGCCGAGAGCCCAGGAUGUACUGGCGGAUGGGGCCUGCCUGCACCCCGGGGAGGUGCCCACCCCGGACCCCCACCCCUCCGCACUGUGAAAGACUCACAACUCCUGCAACUGGAAAGGGGGGGCGCCCGCCGACGAGGAGGCCACAGUGCCAAGCCGGCAGAGGUCAUGCCAGGCGCCAAGUGCCAUGUACCCAGUCGCUGCUGGCUGGGUGGGCCAGGGAGCCCGCCAGAAGACCCCACACAGCAUGUCUGCCCUGGGUCAGAGCCUCUUGCCAUCCUCCUUAGCUCUGUGCCUGUCCCAGCUCGCCUCAGCCCUGUUAUCUCAGAACCAAUAAAAAUAUUUCCAAGAGA